AUGGCCAAAAAAGCGAAAGCCAGAGUUCUCAUUGUCCGUCUUAUGUCUUCGGCAGGCACUGGAUUCUUCUAUACAAAGCAACGGCCACGUACUUCACCCAAACUCUCAAUGAUGAAAUACGACCCUAAAGUCCAACAGCAUGUCUUGUUCAAUGAAACUAAGAAGAAAUAA